CUUUAUGUUGUACAGCAACUGCAGUUAAGGACGGUAGGAGUGGAAGUGAAUACUUUGUUUUCACAAUAAACGGGGGUCAACUGGAGCCCGCUACUUGUUUAUUUUGAACAAAAUAACGUUUUUUUUGCGUGUCCAGUGAGUAUUUGUACUGUAGAAUUAAAUGUUGCAGGAUUUCCCCAGCAUUUCUGCGGAGACCUCCAGCAGGCGAGUGGCAGCAGUCCGCCCGGAGGCUCCUCGGCAGCGGCGACACCCUCGGCUCACACCGGCCACAAAAUGACCGGCGAGAAGAUCCGCUCCCUGCGCAACAAGGACCACAGGCCGAGCAAGGAGGAGGAUUUACUGGAGCCGGACGAGGAGGCGGCCACCGGGACGUUCACGGCUCCCAGGGCGAGCAACAACAGGAGCAGGGCGAGUAAGAUCUUCAGCAACCACAAGUUAGUCAAGUCUCCGUCCGCCCAGCAGCAGCUACAGAGCCAGCAGCAGUCUCACAUCAACGCCAACACCACAGCAACACCGGAGCUGGUCGACGACAACAACAAGAACCCCAUUAUCCGUGUGGGACAUCAUGACUUCCCCGUGCACGAAUGUGUUUUUAAAGGUGACGUCCGACGGCUGUCUUCUCUCAUACGGACGCAGAAUAUCGCCCAGAAAGACGUCCAUGGAAACACACCAUUACAUCUGGCCGUUAUGAUGGGAAACAAAGAGUGUGCCCAUUUGCUGCUGGCCCACAAUGCACCAGUAAAGGUGAAAAAUGCUCAGGGAUGGAGCCCCCUCGCUGAGGCCAUCAGCUACGGAGAUCGACAGAUGAUCACAGCAUUGCUGAGGAAGUUAAAGCAGCAGUCCAGGGAGACUGUUGAGGACAAGAGGCCCAAACUCCUGAAAGCCCUCAAAGAGCUUGGAGACUUUUACUUGGAGCUUCACUGGGACUUCCAGAGUUGGGUGCCUUUGCUGUCCAGAAUCUUACCAUCAGAUGCAUGCAAGAUCUACAAGCAAGGCCUCAACAUCAGAUUGGAUACAACCCUGAUAGACUUUUCGGACAUGAAAUGUCAACGGGGAGACCUCAGUUUCAUCUUCAACGGGAAUGCCAUUCCCUCGGAGUCUUUUGUUGUGCUGGACAACAAACAGAAAGUCUACCAGCGGAUACAUCACGAGGAGUCGGAGAUGGAAACCGAAGAGGAAGUGGACAUUCUGAUGAGCAGCGACGUUUACUCCGCCACGCUUUCCACAAAGUCCAUCACCUUCUCCAGAGCGCAGACUGGCUGGCUGUUCAGAGAGGACAAGACGGAGCGCGUGGGAAACUUUCUGGCAGAUUUCUACUCUGUGAACGGACUGGUUCUGGAGUCCAGGAAGAGACGAGAGCAUCUGAGCGAGGAAGACAUCUUGAGGAACAAAGCCAUCAUGGAGAGUCUGAGCAAAGGAGGGAACAUCAUCGAACAGAACUUCGAAUCAACAAGGAGGCAAUCUUUAACCCCGCCCUCACCCAACACUAUUUCCUGGGAAGAAUACAUCACUGCUGACAAUGGAAAAGCUCCUCAUCUGGGGAGAGAGCUGGUCUGCAAAGAGAGCAAGAAAAACUUCAAAGCCACGAUAGCCAUGAGUCAAGACUUCCCUCUGGGAAUUGAAUCGUUACUGAAUGUUUUGGAGGUGAUUGCACCCUUCAAGCACUUUAAUAAACUCAGGGAGUUUGUUCAAAUGAAGCUCCCCCCCGGCUUUCCUGUCAAACUUGACAUCCCCGUCUUCCCUACCAUCACAGCCACGGUGACGUUUCAGGAGUUUCGCUAUGACGAGUUCGAUGAUUCAAUUUUUACCAUUCCCAACGAAUAUAAAGAAGACCCAAGCCGCUUUCCUGACCUUUAACGUCUUGCAUUGGACUUCCAGUAGGCAACGAUAUCCUGCUAAACGUUCCUUUUUGAAUAAGAAGAAAAAACAAAACAAAGAACAACUUCUGAUCCCUCGCACACUCCUACCCUUAAAACAUAAAGUAACAGAACGAACAGUCAUACGAGAAGCUCGUAUGGACGUGGGCUUCGCAUAAAACAGCUUUGAACUGGAUCAGCAGAAGUUCUGACUUUUCAGGUUUGGUUUAACGCAGCAGCUGAGGCAGGAAGUGGCAGGGCGUUGGGGCAGAGCAGGGGAGUUUUCUGUGUACGGGGUAGGCAUAGGAAAGGAAAACCAGUUCAGUUGAUACUUUGGGUAUAAGUAUAUAAGGAAUAUUUAAAAAGGGACUGUCUUUAACUGACUUGUACAGUAGUAAAGCACUGAAAUUAAUGUGUGAGAGGCUGAAGAGGAAUUCCACUCAGUUUUUCCUUUUUUUUUUUCUCUUUAGUUUUUUUUGUCUGCCUUUUCAAGCACACUGGAGCCAAAAAAAAAACUUCAAUGUGGAAACAGAGAAAUCAUCACUCGUAUAUGUAAUCUAAGGUGCAUACUUCAACAUUGAGUGUAAAUACAUUUAUUCAAAUCCAGAAAGUGCAUCUGUUAUAGAUACAAUGCCAUUUACAAAGUUUAAAUAAGGAUUUUUACAUUUUUUUAAAGAAAGAUCUUUCAGGUCAAAAACCUAAACAAGUUUUUUUUUAAUGUAGAAUUCCUCUUCAGUUCUGCACAUCAGAGUUGAGGCUAAUGGUGGUUUGUAAGGGCAUGGAGAAGCAUCAUGGACCAGCGUUUAAAUUCUCUGCAGCUGAGUUCACAAACUCUCCCUUUGUGAUACUAAAAGCCUCUGACUUGCAUUUGAUAUACUAAUGUUUCAUUGAGGCAAUAUUCUCAUGCUGCAGAUUUUUAUGGUACAGUAAACUCUCUCUUAAAUUAUGUCAGAUCAAGUGUUUUGUCUCUUACUUCACUUUUUAAGCAGUUUAACAAGCUGUACUACAGACCUGUUUUAAAAGAAAACCUGAGAUUGUAAAUGAAUAAUGCUAGGGAGUGAGCAAGUACAACAUUCAUGGUAUUUUGACAGAAAGCCAGUGUUUUUGUCUGCACAGUAUAUGAAUUUGUGUUUUAGUUGGGUAUUGAUCUGUCUUUUUGUUUUCAUCUUCUAAACUGACAAGUUUGAAACAUUUUCUGCAAGAGGAAGAAUUAUGUAAUUCUUUUUUUAAACGUAACAUCAUUUGUGUUCAUUUGAAAGUUUGUAUGUGGUGGCACUUUUUGUACAUAAUCUUGUUUUUUAAAAACAAAUCUCAAUUCUAUCUUCAUUUCCCCUCAAUAAUGAACUAUGAACCUCCCUCAGAUGUCAUUUCAUUUGUGUGCAAGUCAUAAAGAUCCUGGGAAGAAACCAUUCUGGAAAAGAAAGAAAUCAGUUUAAAGAGUGGUUUUCUCACUGGUACUUGCAGGAUGUUUCUAUUGUACAAGCAGCUCAGAGCUGUUCAGCAUCCUGACCCAUUUAAACUUAAAAAAAAAAAAAGUCUUUCAUAAAAUGAAAUGCAUAUUCAUUAUUGAUAUUACAUUCCUUAGCACAGGUAAGUGCAGCUAGUGGAACCGUGCCUCCUCACUGAUGUAAUGAUUUGCAUUUAUGUGACGCUCCUUCCCAACUUCAGCUGCUCCAAUUGAAAGUGUUUUGUUUUUUUUCUUGGAUAUUAUUGAUCCAUCUACAUGUCAGUUGUAAAGCAAGAACUGUUGUACAAGUGUCCAACACUAUUUUCAUACAAAAUAUACUAAAAUAAAAACCCACGUAAGUAACA